AUGGGUGGGGAACUUCCCUUUCGCCCCGCUCCCCCAGCUAUACCCCAGCUAGCUGAGCGCCCGGUCGGUCAACGCAUCAACAAGAUCUAUACCGAUCGACUCAAGCAGUUUACAUCAGAUGGCCAGUAUGAGGGCCAGAAUCUCAUUUCGAAGUACUACGAAGCGACAAACUCUGAUGAAGACCAUGUCAAGCUUUCUGUUUAUUCGGUUCCGGAUCUGCAGCGACCGACCUUCGAAGAUGCAACCUCCCACGAGUUCAAACCAACCCACAUAGGCGCCUCGUUUGGCCCUAGCUGGUCAACCCAUUGGUUCCGCAUUCACCUCACAGUCCCUAAGAAUAUGCUUCAAUAUGAACAUUUGGAGUUUCAUUGGGAUGCCAACAAUGAGGGACUGGUGUGGACAGAGGAUGGUCAGCCGCUGCAGGGCCUGACUGGCGGGGGAGAGCGCACUGAAUUCAUUCUUCCUAAAGAGUGGCUUGAUGGCAAGGAACACACUUUCUACAUAGAAAUGGCGUGCAAUGGGAUGUUUGGCAAUGCCCCUGGCGGCGAUUCAAUUCAGCCACCAAAUCCCGACAAACAAUUCACACUGAGCACUGCACGGAUCACGGCUGUGAACCUUGCUGCUAGAGCGCUGUACUAUGAUUUCUGGAUCAUUGGAGAUGCUGCUCGGGAAUUUCCGGGCGAGUCAUGGGAGGCGCAUGAAGCCAAUGUCGUGGCAAAUUCCAUGAUUGAUGCCUUUAUUGCUGGCAAUGGAAGCAACGAAUCUAUCAACGAGGCACGCAAGAUUGCAAGAAAAUAUCUUGGGGACAAAGUCGAUUCGGCGGCUGUCUAUGACACAGACACGCAACCGAUUGUCUAUGCCAUCGGUCAUUGCCACAUUGAUACAUGUUGGCUGUGGCCCUGGGCAGAGACGAAGCGAAAGGUCGCACGCUCAUGGUCAAAUCAAUGUGAUCUGAUGGAACGCUACCCCGAGCACCGUUUUGCUUGCUCCCAAGCUCAGCAAUUUAAAUGGCUCAAGCAGUACUACCCGUCUGUGUUUGAUCGCGUCAAGCGCUGGGUUAAGAAAGGCAAUUUCCAGCCUAUUGGCGGAAGCUGGGUCGAGCAUGAUACAAACAUGCCCAGUGGCGAGUCACUCGUCAGACAAUUCUUGUACGGACAGCGAUUUUUCGAGGCCAACUUCGGUAAACGAAGCACAACCUUUUGGUUGCCAGACACAUUCGGAUAUUCUACCCAGAUCCCUCAGAUAUCCCGCCUGGCUGGCAUGCCGCGUUUUUUCACUCAGAAGCUCAGCUGGAACAACAUCAACAACUUCCCGCACACGACUUUCCAGUGGGUUGCACUUGAUGGCAGUCAAGUGAUGUGCCACAUGGCUCCUUCGGAGACCUACACGGCCGAGGCGCAUUUCGGGGAUGUCAAGCGCAGUGUCACCCAGCACAAGUCUCUCGACACGGAAAAGUCGUCUCUACUUGUUUUCGGAAAGGGCGAUGGAGGUGGAGGCCCGACUUUCGGACAUCUUGAGAAGCUCCGUCGCUGCCGUGGCCUUAGCGAUCAGGUCGGCUCACUUCCGCGAGUGACGAUGGGCGAGUCAGUUGAUGACUUCUUCGCAAAGCUAGAGUCCAAGGCCGCCUCUGGCACAGAGUUUGCUACUUGGUAUGGCGAGCUCUACUUCGAAUUGCACCGGGGCACAUACACGACCCAGGCCAACAACAAGCGCAAUAACCGCAAGUCCGAAUUCCUUCUACGUGAGAUCGAGCUUCUCGCCACAUUUGCUACUGUCCAUGCCGCUAAAGGUGGAUAUCAGUAUCCCAAAAAGGAGAUUGAUCAAAUGUGGGAAGGAACUCUACUUUGCCAGUUCCAUGAUUGCUUGCCAGGAAGCUCUAUCGAGAUGUGCUAUGACGACUCAGACAAAUUGUAUGCCGAGAUCUUCAACAUUGGUACCAAGCUGCGACAGGAUGCCCUGGAAGCUUUGGGAAUCACAGGCCAUGCUACUAGUGGGGAUUUGAUUGCGCUAAAUACGUUGCCAUGGCCUCGGUCUGAGAUCGUCCGGAUUCCUUUCGCGCUCUCCUCGAACGCAUCUAAAUAUGCUGUAGCUGACGGAUCAACUGGAGUCAUGCAAUGUCGGCAAGCUGACUUCAAAACCACCAGUGCAGCUACUGUGUCUGAGGUGAAGUCUGGUGUCUUCCGCUUGGACAAUGGUAAGCUCAGGGUUGAGGUCGAGGAUGGCGUCAUAACCUCUCUUUACGAUGUGGCUGCCGAUAGAGAAGUCGUCGCGAAAGAUCGCAAGGCUGGACAGUUGGUCAUCUUCGACGACAAGCCCCUGUACUGGCAAGCAUGGGACGUCGAAGUAUUCCACCUCGAAUCGCGAAAAGAAUUGCCUAGCGGAAAGACAACCAUCGUGGAGAAUGACCCUCACCGAGUAAGUGUCAUGACCGAGACAAAGAUCAGCGACAAGAGUUGGGUCAAAACAACAAUCAGCCUAUCGGCAUCUACCUCUGAUGAGCCAUCUUAUGUGGAACUAGAGAGCGAGGUUGAAUGGCAGGAGACGAUGAAGUUCCUCAAGGUUGAAUUCCCUGUCGAUAUCGUCAACACUGAAGCAUCCUAUGAAACUCAGUAUGGCCUCAUCAAGCGCCCAACCCAUUACAACACAAGCUGGGACAUGGCCAAGUUUGAAGUCUGCUGCCACAAAUGGGCAGAUCUCUCCGAGAACGGAUACGGAGUUUCCAUCCUCAAUGACUCCAAGUACGGCUUCGCGACAUGCGGUAAUCUGAUGCGCCUUUCGCUUCUCCGUGCGCCCAAGGCCCCAGACGCCCACGCGGAUAUGGGGCGCCACAACAUUCGCUACGCGAUCCUCCCUCAUGCCGGCGCUCUCGAUGACCGGACAGUCCGCGCUGGCUUUAACUUCAAUAAUCCGCUUGUUGCUGAAAAAGCCGGCCCCAAGGCAUUGGCAGCCAAUGCUAUAUUCAAGACAUUGUCCAUUAAGGGUGCUCCAUCUUUGAUUCUGGAUGUUAUUAAGCGCGGCGAGGAUGAUCAUGACGUUUCUUAUGAUGGGGUUUCUACUCGUCCUGGCAAGAGUGUUAUCAUUCGCGUUUAUGAGUCGCUGGGCGGCAAGGCUCGUGGCUCUAUUGAGACUUCACUACCAGUCAAGAGCGCUUUCAAGUGUAAUAUCCUUGAGGAUGAUGAACAUUCUGGUCUAGAUAUCGAGUCUGUUGAUGGUGGCUCGACUAUCAAGAUUGAAUUGAGGGCUUUUGAGGUCGCGACGUUCCGACUACAACUCUGA